AGACAGAGAGUCUGGCCUGUGGGUCUCUCCUCGUGUCCUGACAGCUUGUGGGUCAGAACUCGGAGACAUCAUGAGAAAUAGCGCUCUGUCCGCAGCACAGGAUUCAGCCAAAGUCUUAGUCUCCAGGCGGUGAGGUCAGGGGUGGGGAAGCCUAGGGCUGGGGAUUCCCCAUCUCCCCAGUUUGACUUCUGCUCCUAACCUGGGUCAGGACAUUCUGCCUGGACACUGAUGGUGCACGGGCAGGUCUCACCCCCAUUGGGUGACGCGAUCCUGGAGAACCAAUGAGCGUUGCAGUGGGCAUGGGUUAUAGAGUCCAGGCAGCCCGCCGAACUCAGACUACCCAGGUCCCAGACAUGAUGGCACCGCGCACGCUGCUCCUGCUGCUGGCGGCCGCCCUGGCCCCGACCCAGACCCGCGCGGGCUCACACUCGCUGCGGUAUUUCAACACUGCGGUGUCCCGGCCCGGCCUCGGGGAGCCCUGGUUUAUCUCUGUCGGUUAUGUGGACGACACGCAGUUCGUUCGCUUCGACAGUGAUACGGAGAAUCCGAGAUACGAGCCACGCGUGCCGUGGGUGGAGCAGGAGGGGCCGGAGUAUUGGGACGGGAUCACACGGAAAACCAAGAAUUUGGAGCAGUGGUUCCGAAGGAACCUGAGGACCCUGCUCAGCUACUACAACCAGAGUGAAGUCGGCUCUCACACACUCCAGCGGAUGUACGGCUGUGACAUUGGGUUGAAUGGGAGUCUCCUCCACGGGUACCUGCAGUAUGCCUACGACGGCCGCGAUUACAUCGCCCUGAACGAAGACCUGAAAACGUGGACGGCAGCGGACGUGGCAGCACAGAUCACCAGACGCAAAUGGGUGCAGACUGAUGAAGCAGAGAGAUACAGGGCCUACCUGGAGGGCACGUGCCUGAAGUGGCUCCGCAGAUACCUGGAGCGCGGGAAGGAGACGCUGCUGCGCACAGAUCCCCCAAAGGCACAUGUGACCCAUCACCCCAGAUCUGAAGGUGAUGUCACCCUGAAGUGUUGGGCCCUGGGCUUCUACCCUGCUGACAUCAUUCUGACCUGGCAGUUGAAUGGAGAGGAGCUGACCCAGGACAUGGAGCUUGUGCAGACCAGGCCUUCAGGGGAUGGAACCUUCCAGAAGUGGGCAUCUGUGGUGGUUCCUCUUGGGAAGGAGCAGAAUUACACUUGCCAUGUGUACCAUGAGGGGCUGUCUCAGCCACUCACCCUGAGAUGGGAGCCUCUUCCAUCCACUGACUCUAACAUGGUGAUCAUUACUGUUCUGGUUGUCCUUGGAGCUGUGGCCAUCAUUGGAGCUGUGGUGGCUUUUGUGAUGAGAAGGAGAAAUGCAGGUAAGAAAGGGCAGGGUCUGAGUUUUCUCUCAGCCUCCUUUUGAAGUGUGCUCUGCUCAUUAAUGGAAAAUCCAUCCACACCCUGCAUUGCUACUGUCUCCAACUGGGUCUGCUGUCAGUUCUGGAAAAUUCUAGUGUCAAGAUCUUCCUUGGACUCUCACAGCUUUUCUUCUCACAGGUGGAAGAGGAAGGGACUAUGCUCCAGCUCCUGGUUAGUGUGGGGGACAGGAUUGUCCUAAGGCCAUUGCAGUGAAGCUGGGGAUGAUGGGUGCUCUGGGAAUCCAUAAUAGCUCCUCCAGAGAAACCUUCUGGGGCCCUCAGUUGUACCUUGAUAUGGAUACACAUAUACAUAUACGUAUACAUCAUAUACAUAUACAUAUAUACAUAUUCUGUUUUACCCUAAGCAUGGUAAGCUCCCAGAGCUCUGAUAUGUCUCUCCCAGAUUGUAAUGGUGACACUAUGGGGUCCAAUUGGGAUGGAGCAAUGUGGACAUGAUUGGGUUUUAGGGACUUCCAGUAUCAUCUGUGAGUGAUCCAUGGGGUUUUGGGAUGUUGACUUCACAGUGAUGGUUCAUGACUCUUGUUCUCUAGCAUGAAGACAGCAGCCUGGAGUGGACUGAGUGACAGACAGUGUGUUUAGGUCUCUCCUGUGACAUCCAGAGCCCUCAGUUCUCUUUAGACAACAGUGUCUGAUGUUCCCUGUGAUCCUAUGGGCUCAAUGUGAAGAACUGUGUAGUCCAGCCUGCCCUGCACACCAGGACCCUGUCCCUGCACUGCCUGUGUUCCCUUCCACAGCCAGCCCUCCUGAUCCAGCCAAACACUGGGGGACAUCUGCAUCCUGUCAGCUCCAUGCUGCCCUGAGCUGCAGCUCCUCACUUCCACACUGAGAAUAAGAAUCUUAAGGUGACGUUGAUUGUUAA